UUCUGUUAAUUGUUGGCUCUUGAAUUAUCAGUGUCAUAUGCCCUUUUUUGGAUCUUCAUUCAUUCGUUUAUUCAUUUAACAGGUCUUCAUUGUUUUUUAUAUACCAAGUAAUUUAAUUUACAUCAGGAAUAAGAAUGAGUGUCAAAUUAAGUUUCUUUUAAGGCCUACUGUUAAAAUUCUAUGAAAUGUUUAUUGUGAGUUAGUGAGAUUUAGGGCUUUUUGCAGAUAGUAGAAAUGUUUUUGAAAGUACUGAAAGGGAAAUUUAGAGUUUAUGUUUUUGAUGAUAAACAUUUUAGUGAGAAAAUUCUAUAAGGGUAGAUAAUUUUAGUGUUCGUUUCACUCUGAUCUGAAAACAAGCAACAUUUCUAGCCGACUGUGAGAAUCUUUCCUUGUAAUUUUGGUAGCAGACAAUUCUGAAUUAAACCUUUCUUCUGUUAUUUGUCAUACCCUGGAUACUUAAUUCAUGUUUCAGAUGGUUGGUGCCAGUGUGAGAGAUUUAGAAAUGCUUAUCACCCCUUCUUCUAGGUGCUCAGUUCCGAAUCCUUUAGAGCCUUUGUUGUUUACGUGUGUGGGAGUCUUGAGAUAUGGUGACAUUAUGUCACUGAAUACAGAAGAGUCAUACUGCAGAUUCCACUGUGGAAAUAUAAGCUGACAGUUGCCCAUGCUGCCAAAUAUGUAAAAUUCAGGUUUUGAACGAAUACCUCAAGUUGGACCCAAAAGCAAGAUUUACUAUAACUUUGAAGUGGAGUACGAUGUGUUGCUACUAAUUCACAGUGUGAUGCUUUAAGUUCUUGGAAAUCUUCUCAUGUUAAGUGGACUCUUUUCCUAUCCUUGUUCCAUAGAAAUUUGGAGGAAAGCAAGCCUGGCUUUACAUUAUUAGUGUGGAUGCUGUCAUCUAAAUUUCAGUGGUCAUGGCACAAGAAUAUAACUGAACAGCUGAAUAGAAAGUUGAAUGCAUUUUAAGGCACAGAGGGAAAGCCUGGGAUUAUGGCAAUCACAGAGUCCCAGUAAUACAAGUUCCAUUCAGUUUUUUCUGAAAGAAAGCUGUCUGUUACGGUGAAGCAAAGGAACGACUGUGGAUUAUAAUGUUUUGAAGAUCCCAAUUUUCAGAGCUAAGAAAAUCAGGCAUCGUUUAACCUUUUAAAUGAAAAAGAUUAAGAUCUCAUGCAACUGUUGUAUUUUCUGGAAACCGUUCUCCAAAAGAGAAGUGCACAUUUAACACUUGCCACGAUGGUGGUCCUUUCUGCAGGGAUUUAAGUCUCAUUGCUUUUACAUCAUGACCAGCCUGAAACGGUCGCAGACGGAAAGGCCAGUCUCCUCGGACAGGGCCUCGGUGGUGGGUAGCGAUGGCACCCCCAAGGUCCACACCGACGACCUGUACAUGCGGCGCUUCAGGUCUCAAAACGGCAGCUUAGGACCAUCGGUCAUGGCUCCCGUAGGGCCCCCCCGAAGUGAAGGUUCUCACCAUGUGACCUCAACCCCUGGAGUCCCAAAGAUGGGGGUGAGGGCACGAAUCGCAGAUUGGCCCCCAAGAAAGGAAAACAUAAAAGAAUCUAGCCGUUCAAGCCAGGAUAUAGAAACCUCAAGUUGCCUUGAGAGCAUGUCCUCCAAAAGCAGUCCCGUGAGUCAGGGAAGUUCUGUUAGCCUCAAUUCCAGUGACUCAGCCAUGUUAAAAAGCAUACAGAACACACUGAAGAACAAGACGAGACCUUCGGAGAACAUGGACUCCCGAUUCCUCAUGCCGGAAGCCUAUCCCAGCUCCCCCAGGAAAGCUCUGCGCAGGAUACGGCAGCGGAGCAACAGCGACAUCACCAUAAGUGAGCUUGACGUGGAUAGCUUUGAUGAAUGUAUCUCGCCCACUUAUAAGACUGGGCCCUCGCUGCACAGGGAAUAUGGUAGCACAUCUUCAAUUGAUAAGCAGGGAACGUCCGGAGAAAGCUUCUUCGAUUUGUUAAAGGGCUACAAAGAUAACAAAUCUGACCGAGGCCCGACUCCGACCAAGCUGAGUGAUUUUCUCAUUGCUGGUGGGGGCAAGGGUUCUGGUUUCUCUUUGGAUGUUAUAGACGGACCCAUCUCACAGAGAGAGAACCUCAGGCUCUUUAAGGAAAGGGAAAAACCACUCAAGCGACGGUCCAAGUCUGAAACUGGAGACUCAUCCAUUUUUCGUAAGUUACGCAAUGCCAAAGGUGAAGAACUUGGGAAAUCCUCGGACCUUGAAGAUAACCGGUCAGAAGACUCUGUCAGGCCUUGGACAUGUCCAAAGUGCUUUGCCCACUAUGAUGUCCAGAGCAUAUUAUUUGACUUGAACGAGGCAAUCAUGAACAGGCACAAUGUUAUUAAGAGGAGAAACACUACUACAGGGGCCUCGGCAGCUGCCGUGGCAUCCCUGGUCUCGGGACCUUUGUCCCAUUCAGCCAGUUUCAGUUCCCCGAUGGGCAGCACAGAGGACCUGAAUUCCAAAGGCAGCCUCAGCAUGGACCAGGGAGAUGAUAAAAGCAAUGAACUUGUGCUGAGCUGUCCUUACUUUCGGAAUGAGAUAGGGGGAGAAGGGGAAAGGAAGAUCAGCCUGUCGAAAUCAAAUUCUGGCUCCUUCAGUGGAUGUGAAAGUGCCUCCUUUGAGUCUACCCUCAGCUCCCACUGCACCAACGCAGGAGUGGCAGUACUUGAAGUGCCCAAGGAAAACUUGGUGUUGCAUCUAGACAGAGUGAAAAGAUACGUUGUGGAACAUGUGGAUCUUGGUGCAUACUAUUACAGGAAAUUUUUCUACCAGAAAGAACACUGGAACUAUUUCGGGGCUGAUGAGAAUCUUGGUCCGGUGGCUGUGAGCAUUCGAAGGGAAAAACCAGAAGAAAUGAAGGAAAACGUAUCUCCAUACAACUACCGAAUAAUUUUUAGAACUAGUGAGCUCAUGACACUGAGAGGUUCGGUCCUUGAGGAUGCCAUUCCCUCUACAGCAAAGCACUCGACUGCCAGAGGGCUGCCCCUGAAGGAGGUGCUGGAGCACGUGAUUCCUGAGCUCAACGUCCACUGCCUGCGGCUGGCCUUUAACACCCCCAAAGUCACAGAGCAGCUCAUGAAGCUGGACGAACAAGGGCUGAAUUAUCAGCAGAAAGUGGGCAUCAUGUACUGCAAAGCUGGACAGAGCACAGAAGAGGAGAUGUACAACAAUGAAUCAGCCGGCCCUGCCUUUGAGGAAUUCCUUCAGCUGUUGGGAGAACGUGUUCGGCUCAAAGGGUUCGAGAAGUAUCGUGCACAGCUUGACACCAAAACUGAUUCCACUGGAACCCAUUCUCUGUAUACGACCUACAAGGACUAUGAAAUCAUGUUCCAUGUUUCCACCAUGCUGCCCUACACACCCAACAACAAGCAGCAGCUCCUGCGGAAGAGGCACAUUGGAAAUGAUAUCGUAACCAUCGUUUUCCAAGAGCCUGGAGCACAGCCAUUCAGCCCCAAAAAUAUCCGCUCCCACUUCCAGCAUGUUUUUGUCAUUGUCCGGGCUCAUAACCCCUGCACGGACAGUGUCUGUUACAGUGUGGCUGUCACCAGGUCCAGAGAUGUACCUUCCUUUGGACCUCCCAUCCCCAAAGGAGUCACUUUCCCUAAGUCAAACGUGUUCAGGGACUUUCUUUUGGCAAAAGUCAUUAACGCAGAAAACGCUGCUCAUAAAUCAGAAAAGUUCCGGGCCAUGGCAACACGGACCCGCCAGGAGUACCUGAAAGAUCUGGCUGAAAAGAAUGUCACCAAUACCCCUAUCGACCCUUCUGGCAAGUUCCCUUUCAUCUCUCUGGCCUCCAAGAAGAAGGAAAAGUCUAAGCCCUAUCCAGGAGCCGAGCUUAGCAGCAUGGGGGCCAUCGUGUGGACGAUCCGAGCCAAAGACUACAACAAGGCUAUGGAAAUAGACUGCCUAUUGGGGGUGUCCAACGAGUUCAUCGUUCUCAUCGAGCAAGAAACUAAGAGUGUGGUUUUCAACUGUUCCUGCAGAGAUGUGAUUGGGUGGACUUCAACUGACACCAGCCUCAAAAUCUUCUACGAGCGAGGAGAGUGUGUUUCCGUGGAGAGUUUCAUUAGCAGUGAGGACAUCAAGGAGAUCGUGAAAAGGUUGCAGUUUGUGUCAAAAGGUUGUGAGUCGGUGGAGAUGACUCUGCGGAGGAAUGGGCUAGGGCAGCUUGGCUUCCAUGUUAACUACGAGGGCAUCGUGGCAGAUGUGGAGCCCUACGGCUAUGCCUGGCAAGCAGGGCUGAGGCAGGGCAGCCGGCUGGUGGAGAUCUGCAAGGUGGCAGUGGCCACCCUGAGCCAUGAGCAGAUGAUCGACCUCCUGAGAACAUCUGUCACAGUGAAGGUCGUCAUUAUCCCCCCUCAUGAGGACUGCACCCCUCGGAGGAGCUGCUCAGAAACCUACCGCAUGCCAGUGAUGGAGUACAAAAUGAACGAAGGAGUUUCCUAUGAAUUCAAGUUUCCCUUCCGAAAUAACAACAAGUGGCAGAGGAAUGCCAGCAAGGGGACUCAUUCCCCUCAAGUUCCGUCCCAGGUGCAGAGUCCCAUGACCUCCAGGCUGAAUGCAGGGAAAGGAGACGGGAAGAUGCCUCCUCCAGAAAGAGCUGCCAACAUUCCUCGGAGCAUUUCCAGCGACGGGCGCCCCCUAGAGAGGCGGCUGUCUCCUGGUUCGGACAUCUAUGUGACGGUCUCAUCCAUAGCGUUAGCAAGAUCCCAGCAGUGCCGUAACUCCCCGAGCAACCUGUCUUCAUCCAGCGAGACUGGCUCGGGUGGAGGCACUUACAGGCAGAAAUCCAUGCCCGAAGGGUUUGGAGUAAGCCGCAGAUCCCCAGCCUCCAUCGACAGGCAGAACACCCAGUCAGAUAUUGGUGGCAGCGGGAAGUCCACACCCAGCUGGCAGAGAAGUGAGGAUAGCAUUGCCGACCAGAUGGAGCCAACGUGCCAUCUCCCCGCAGUAUCAAAGGUACUGCCAGCUUUCCGAGAGAGCCCCAGUGGGAGAUUAAUGCGGCAGGAUCCAGUGGUUCAUUUGUCACCAAACAAACAAGGACAUUCUGAUAGCCACUACUCCAGCCACUCCAGCAGCAAUACCCUCUCCAGCAAUGCUUCGAGCGCCCACAGUGACGAGAAGUGGUACGAUGGGGACCGCACCGAAUCCGAACUCAACAGCUACAACUACCUGCAAGGCACGUCUGCCGACAGCGGCAUCGACACCACCUCCUACGGCCCCAGCCAUGGCAGCACGGUCUCCCUGGGGGCUGCCACGUCAUCCCCUCGCUCAGGGCCGGGCAAGGAGAAAGUGGCACCCCUGUGGCAUAGCUCCAGUGAAGUGAUCUCCAUGGCAGAUCGAACUUUAGAGCCAGAGAGCCACGGCAUGGACCGGAAGGCAGAGUCUUCCCUGAGCUUGGAUAUCCACAGCAAGAGCCCGGUAGGCUCCAACCCUCUGACGAGGGAGAACAGCACUUUCAGUAUAAAUGACGCUGCUUCCCACACAAGCACCAUGAGCUCCCGACACUCUGCCAGCCCCGUGGUCUUCACGAGCACCCGCAGCUCACCUAAAGAAGAGCUCCCCGCUGCCUCGCAGCUCGCGCCCUCCUUCUCCUCCGCAUCCUCCUCUGGCCCUAGGACUUUCUACCCCCGCCAGGGUGCCACUAGCAAGUACCUGAUUGGAUGGAAAAAACCUGAAGGAACCAUAAACUCUGUGGGAUUUAUGGACACAAGAAAGCGUCAUCAGAGCGAUGGCAAUGAAAUAGCCCACACCAGGCUGCGUGCCUCAACCAGGGACCUCCGGGCAUCCCCUAAGCCAGCCUCCAAAUCCACCAUUGAGGAGGAUCUCAAGAAACUCAUUGACUUGGAAAGCCCAACUUCUGAAUCCCAGAAGAACUUUAAGUUCCAUGCACUCUCUUCUCCUCAGUCUCCUUUCCCUACCACCCCCACCUCAAGGCGGGCCCUGCACCGGACACUGUCAGACGAGAGUAUUUACAGCGGCCAGAGGGAGCACUUCUUCACCUCAAGGGCUUCGCUCCUGGACCAAGCUCUCCCCAACGAUGUCCUCUUCAGUAGCACGUACCCGUCUCUCCCCAAGUCUCUUCCGCUGCGGAGGCCUUCAUAUACCUUGGGGAUGAAGUCGCUGCAUGGAGAGUUCUCCGCCUCGGACAGCUCCCUCACCGACAUCCAGGACACGCGAAGGCCCAUGCCUGACCCCGGGCUGAUGCCCUUGCCUGAUGCUGCUGCGGAUUUGGAUUGGUCCAACUUGGUGGAUGCUGCCAAGGCCUAUGAGGUCCAGAGAGCCUCGUUCUUUGCUGCUAGUGAUGAGAACCCUCGCCCCUUGAGUGCGGCAUCCAACAGUGACCAGCUGGAGGACCAGGCUUUGGCCCAGAUGAAGUCUUACAGCAGCAGUAAAGAUUCCUCUCCCACUCUGGCUUCUAAAGUGGACCAACUGGAAGGUAUGCUGAAGAUGCUUCGGGAAGAUUUGAAGAAGGAAAAGGAAGACAAAGCCCACCUUCAGGCCGAAGUUCAGCACCUGAGGGAGGACAACCUGAGGCUGCAGGAAGAGUCCCAGAAUGCCUCUGACAAGCUGAAGAAGUUCACGGAAUGGGUCUUCAAUACCAUAGACAUGAGUUAGGGGAGGCUAGGUGGACAGGAGGAGGGUGCCCUCCCGUGCGUGUCUGGAAGCCCCUAGCCAUGCCAUUGAAAGCAUUCUCCAAGUGCCCUCCCUGCACCCUACUUUGCCCCCCUUCAGGGAGUGCACAACACAAUUGCAGAUCAACAAUCAUUAUCUGCCUUUUGUAGAAAAGAAAAACAAAAAAAAGUAAAUAAAAAUUUUAAAAAGUAAAAUAAAAGUUUAACUGCUAAAA